AUGAUCUAUCUAAAACUUCACCGAUAUCCCUCAAUAUAUUUAUCUUGGUCUGUCUAUCUGACAGUCCUUUCUAUCUAUCUAUCUAUCUAUCUAUCUAUCUUAAUUUCUUCAUUAUCUAUCUAUCCCAAUAUUUUGUUCAUUAUCUAUCUAUCUAUCUAUCUAUCUAUCUAUCUAUCUAUCUAUCUAUCUAUCUAUCUAUCUCAGUUUGUUCAUUAUCUAUCUAUCUAUCUAUCUAUCUAUCUAUCUAUGUUUCUUCAUUAUCUAUCUAUCUAUCUAUCUAUCUAUCUAUCUAUCUAUCUAUCUAUCUAUCUAUGUUUCUUCAUUAUCUAUCUAUCUAUCUAUGUUUCUUCAUUAUCUAUCUAUCUAUCUAUCUAUCUAUCUAUCUAUCUAUCUGAUCAAAAUGACAGUGUUCCGGACGUGUUUGUCGACUAUCCUGCUUUAAACAUCAGAGGUAGGACAUUUUUACCAUCGCCUAGUAAAAGGGUUUGA